AUGGCACCUCCGCUUCCCCCUCACUCCGAGUCCCCCGCACGCGGGCGACCCGAUGAAGACGACGAAGAGGAGGACUACAUGUCCAUGAUCAUCGAAGAGCCCCAGCAUAAGGAAACCUUUGCGCAAAAGAAGAAGCGCCAGCAACGUGAGGCCGAAGCGCGAGCCAAAGUCCCUUCCAAAGCCGAACGCGCCGCUCAAGAAGCUGCCCGCCGCGAUGCCGCCUUAUCAACCAGCACGCUUGACCCUUCCAACAAAGGAUUUCAGAUGAUGGCCAAGCUGGGAUUCAAGCCGGGCCAAGUACUUGGAAAACCUGCCGCGUCGUCGCAAGAUAGUGAGAAGGACAACACCAAGGAUCCCGAGCAUCGAAUCCGGUCUGAGCCCCUCAAUCUCAUCUUCAAGGAGGACCGAGGAGGAAUUGGUCUCGAUUCCGAGCGAAAGCGGAAGUUCCUUGAAGAAGCCGCCGAGGUAACUAAGAAGGUCAAGCAAGAAGAGGGCGAUUACCGCGACCGCGUCCGGUUGGAGCGUGAGACACGACGGCUUGAAGCUCAGUUCCAUGCGGCGCAGAAGGUGGCUGAACGCUUAGAUGCGGAGGCCGAGGGCGAAGUCGAAAUAGGACCAUCAUCAACCGAGACCAACGGGGAAGAGACAGAGGAGCAAGAAUCGCAUGCGGCACCGGAUGUGGACGGCGAAGAAUCGCAGACAGAUACCACCCCCUCCACUACAAAGAAAGCCAAAAGGCCCAUCAAACCAACACUUCAGAUCAACAUACUCUACCGGGGGCUGGUGCGCGAGCGGCAAGAAAAGGAGCGCGCCGUGCAGACGCGCCACAUGUUGCAGACAUCGCUGCCGUCAUCGUUUUUCCCGAACCCACGAUUGCCCGGGUAUGAAGACUCAACGCUCGAUCCUGAGGACCACGAGGCUCUGGGAGGCCGUCGAGAGAUGUCCUCCAUUCUCGAACAAGAGCUAGAAGAGGAGGAUCCGGAACUAGAGGAAUUCAAUGCGCUGGAGCCAGGCGAGCGACUGGGCCGGCUGGUUCAGUAUCUGCGGGAAAAACACCACUACUGCUUCUGGUGCAAAUAUCGCUACGAGAAUGCCGAGAUGGAAGGAUGUCCCGGCGUGACGGAGGAGGAUCAUGACUAA